AUGAAUUCCGUCAGCAGUGGUCCUGUUGAUUCCUUUCUCAACAAGAUGGAUUGGACCCAUCUGUACAUUGGAGGUGCUGCCUUUUCUGUCUGUGCGCUUGUUGUCGUCGUGCUCUCCGUUUCCUCUCAGAAUCGCAAAAUCGAUUACAACAGCGGCAUAUUUAGCUACUUGAAGUUCAUCUACGCAUCGUUCCUUAAGCCCCAUGACAAGAGUGGUGAUGGCCAGCAGGAUGCGCUGGAAAGCUUUUACAAGACACAGGCCACCGUGUAUGAUGCCACCCGGAAGCGUCUUCUGUGUGGUCGAGAGGACAUGUUAGGCCUCGCUGCCGCUCAAUUGAAGUACAAGGUGGAGAACAAAGAGCUUCAAGCCAAAAAGGCCAUCUGGGUUGAUAUGGGCGGAGGCACUGGCUACAACAUCGAAGCCAUGGCAAAGUUUCUGCCUGUUGACUCGUUCUUCUCGCACGUCUAUUUGGUCGAUCUCUCACCUUCCCUCUGCGAAGUUGCUCGUCAGCGGUUCGAACGAUUGGGAUGGAAGAACGUCACAGUUGUGUGUCAGGAUGUACGGUCUUUCCGUCUUCCAGAGCUCGAUCAAGUGGACCCCCGAACCAAGGCCGCGAACCUCAACACAGGAGCAGAUGUGGUAACCAUGAGCUACAGCUUGUCUAUGAUUCCAGACUAUUACAGCGUCGUUGACUCCCUCACCUCCUUGAUGAAGCCGACUGGAAUUCUUGGUGUCUGUGAUUUCUAUGUCCAGAGUAUCGUCGAUGUCUCCUCUCGCAACUAUAUUGGUGGUGCAUUUAACCGCCAUGUUAACUGGCUUGGACGUGCAUUUUGGCGUGCUUGGUUUGAUGCAGACCGUGUCAACCUUGAAGCUGCCCGCAGAGACUAUUUGGAGUACCGCUUCGGUACGGUCAUCUCUGCCAGUGAAAGAAACUAUCUUCUUGGAGGCAUCCCCUACUACAUCUUCAUUGGUUGCCAAAAGGACAUUGCUUCCAGCCCUUCGAGCCAUGAGGCUAUUGAGAAGUUGGAUGCUACUUUUACCGAGUCGCCCUAUUUGUCGCCCGCCAACCAUCGCAAGGAGAUGGAGAACGCUGUCGAAGAGAGCAGAGUUGAGAUUCAUUCCAAGGCGUAUGAAUCAGCCGUGAUUAACCUGGGAUCGAAUCUGCCCCUUCCAUGUUCUUUCUACCAAAAUCACCACUACCGCAUUUUCUACAACGACCUGCUCCCGAAACACACACAAUUCCAAAACGAGUACAUCUAUGCCUUCAACUGGGAAGAUCCCCGUGUGGAUCACCGACUACUGAACAUCAAGCGCGAUGAUGUUAUUCUAGCCAUUACAAGCGCAGGAGACAACAUUUUGGACUACCUCCAAAAUAGCCCACGAAGGGUGCAUGCAGUUGACUUGAACCCGAACCAAAACCAUCUUCUUGAGCUCAAGGUUGCAAGCUUUUGUGCCUUGGGACACCGUGAUGUUUGGAAGAUCUUUGGAGAGGGAAAGCAUCCUGAAUUCCGCCAGCUUCUCAUCUCUCGGCUGAGUCCACAUUUGUCUAGCCAGGCAUUCCAGUACUGGCUCGAGCACACUCAUGUCUUUACAUCAUCUUCUGGCAAAGGACUGUACGAAACCGGAGGAUCCCGCCACGCAAUCAAGAUGGUCCGAUAUCUCUUCAAGAUUUUCGGCCUCGAAGGCCAGGUGCGGAAGUUAUGUGAUGCCCAAACCCUCAGUGAACAGCGGGAGAUCUGGCCACGCAUCCGCAGUGUUUUGAUGAGCAAGCCUCUUUACUGGGCUGUGGUUGGCACUGAAUGGUUUGCAUGGAAGGCUGCUGGUGUUCCUCGAAACCAACGCAACAUGAUCGUGGAAGACUUCUUCAAGAGGAACGGCUUGACCGAAGACAUGAAGAAGUCUAAAGACGUGAGCGGCCAGUCCAUUUGGGAAUAUGUUGUCGACACAUUAGAUCCGGUGGUCAAGGACACUAUGAUCAGUAACGACAACUACUUCUACUUCCUGUGUCUACAGGGACAAUUCUCCAGAAAAUGCCAUCCUACAUACUUGUCCCCCAAGGCUCAUGUGAAAUUGUCUUCGCCGGGUGCUUUCGAUGGUCUUCGGAUCCACACCGACGAGAUUAAUGAAGUGAUUAAACGAAUCACUCCCAGGAGUCUUACAAUCGCCGUUGUCAUGGAUUCAAUGGACUGGUUUGACCCUGAAGGCAACGACGCAGGAGCCCAAUGUCAAACGCUAAACCAAGCCCUGAAGAUUGGUGGCCGCAUCCUGCUUCGUUCUGCCAGCAUUGAGCCCUGGUAUAUGAAACAAUUCGAGGAGAACGGUUUCACGGCUCGUCGCGUAGGAGCACGAUUCCCAGGCACAUGCAUUGACCGUGUCAACAUGUAUGCCUCUACCUGGAUUUGCACAAAGACCCAGGAAGUUGAACCAACAACUCCGGGUCGCACAAUUUCCUCACUGUCUCUCGGAGGGAGCAAACGAUCGAACAGUGUGGAAGAUCUCCAAAUCUGA